AUGGCUAAUGAUCGAGAAGUUCUUCGUGAAAUAUGGGACGGAAAGUUGCCGAUUUGUUUUCAGUUAGCGCAAGAAGAAAUAAUGGAAAUACAACAACCCGAUGCGUUUUAUGUUAUGGUACCAAGAUUGAGCUACUUUCCACUUGUAACAGACAAGAUGAAAAGACACUUCUUGCGUUACAUCUCUCAAGAAAACUCUGAUAGUGAAAUGUGGUUGGAUUAUAAUGGUCAGCCUCUCAAAUGGCAUUACCCAAUAGGUUUUCUUUAUGAUCUCUAUUGUGGUAAUGACCCUCAACUACCAUGGCAUCUAACUGUGCACUUCACAAAGUUCCCAGAAGAUGUCCUACUUCAUUGUAUAAACAAGGAUGUUGUAGAAGCACAUUUUAUGUCAACUGUGAAAGAGGCUGAUGUUCUGAAACACAGAGGGCAAGUCAUGUCCACGAUGCAAAAGAAAGACCAUAAUCAAUUAUGGCUUGGUUUACAAAAUGAUAAAUUCGAUCAAUUCUGGGCCAUAAAUAGACGACUGAUGGAAUCCCACGGAGACAGUGAGGGUUUCAAACACAUUCCUAUUAAAUUGUACUCAGAUGAUGGAACAUGCAGUCAGCGCCUUGUUAGUCCUAAGAACAAUGAUGGCAGUAGGAAAACAUUGCAACAGAUGAUUGCAGAGUUGUAUCCAGAUAAACUUGAUGUACAACUAAGGACACAUGGGAUAGUAAUUCCACCUGACACACCUCUACAAUGGCUUUCUGAACAUUUGAGUUACCCAGAUAACUUCCUCCAUAUGUGUGUCUUUUAA